AAAGCAAAUUUCAAAGACUAUGUCACUUCGAGCUACAGCAAGGCCAAGUCAGCCCCCUCCACCACCCCCUCCGACAUAUAAGCUACUUCCUGACACUUCAGCAUUUCAACGACAGUCUCCUACUUUACAAGAUUUAUCGCCUUCAACCCUGCCACCCCUUCUAUAUACAAAUGAAAAUUUACCCCUUCCCCCUCCCCCACCACCACCAUUUAUGGACGAAGAGGAGCCAAUGCCUCCCCCGCCCCCACCUCCACCAUAUAUGGAACAAAUGAUUGCACCUCCUCCACCCCCACCAUUACCACCGCUAAUGGGAAAAUCUAAAAAUGAGUUUGAUGAUGAAAAAUCUUCGAACUGGGUUACUUCCUUAAAGAGUCUUCUUUCUGCUUCUCGUAAGCUGAAACCAACUCCAAAGCAACAACCUAAAGAUGACAAUAGAAGUAAAUUGUUACAAGAGAUCAAAGAAUUUGGCCAAGGAAAAUUACGUCCGGUAAAAAAGCCAUGGGAGGAAAAAAUAGAAGAGAAGCCUAUACCUGCUGCAAACAUUGAUGUACAUGCCCUUAUGGAAAAGAUGCUGAGCAUAAGUGAAAUGAUACCAAGUGAUGUGGAAGAUGAGGAGAAUAGUUCCGAUGAUGAUGAUUGGAAUUGA